GCCAACUCCGGAGGAGACUGUGGGGCAUUUCGCACGACACGCGCAUCUCGCACGACACGCGAUGCAUCGAACUCUUCGCCAAGCCUUGCUGGCCGGCAUCAUGUUGCCGACCGCAGCGCUGGCGCAGGCCGCGACAUCGCAAGCAAUCGCUGGCGGCGUUGGAAUGAACGAGUCGCGCGAAGGCACGAUCAUCGUCGCGCAAGCCCCCACCCCACCCGAUAACGCCAAACAGCAACAGCAACACGGCGCGCCGCCGAAGGGCGCCCCACCGAAGGCCGCGCCUGCGGCACCCAAGGGUCCACAAGGCGGCGCGGGCGGGCCACCUGCGGGAGCGCCGAAAGCGGUGCAGGGCGGACCGCCCCAGCAAGGUGGGCCGGGCGGACAGCAUGGCGCGCCGAUGCAACACGGCGCGCCGCAGGCACCUGCAGCGCAAGCACCUGCAACGCAUGCACCUGCAGCUCAAGCGCCCGCGGCGCAGGCACCUGUUGCUCAAGCGCCUGCCGCUCAAGCGCCGGCAACGAACGCGCCGGCAAAUGCCCAGAACGCUCCCGGCACGCCCGGGCAAAGCAAGCAAUUCCGCGCGCAGCAAAAGGGCAAUCCGCCCGGCACGCCGCAGGGCAACCAACCGGUGCAGGGUCAGAACACCGCGCCGGGCGCCGGCGCACCGCCGAACGCUCAACAGAGGGGCUUUCAGCGUCAGCCGGUGCAGGGCCAGCAGCAGCCUGCACAAACGCAGCAGCCUGCGCAGGCUCAGCAACCGGCCGCCACGCAACAGCCUGCACAGGCGCAGCAGCCGGUUCAGGGCCAACAGAAUGCCGCGCCCGGCGUCGCCCCCAAUGCAGCGCCGCAGAACCACGUCCCGAUGCAGGGCCAGCGCACGAUCCCGGGUGCGGGACCGGCGCCGGGACAGGCCGCGACCCCGCAGCCCGGCAUGCCGCAGCGCCAGUUCGGCGGGCAGCCGCAGCAGCAACCUCCGGGCCGUGGA